CCCAGCCCCUCCCGCGCAGGCUUCCUUUAUAUAAAGUCCGGGCCUCGUGGAGUCUGCAGCAGCGGCGCUCGCUCGAAGCGGCGGUAGCAGAGCUCCUUGGAGCUGUCCUCCUGUCGCUGCUGCUCCGCCGGGACAGCGCACUGUCAGCCUAGCCCAGAGCUCCGAGGGCUUUCCGCCGGGACCAUGCGAGGCUCCGAGCUCCCGCUCUUGCUGUUGGCACUGGUCCUCUGCCAGGCGCCCAGGGGGCCGGCUGCCCCAGUGUCGGCAGGUACAAGCGGAAGCACGGUCCUGGCCAAGAUGUACCCGCGCGGCAGCCACUGGGCUGUGGGACACUUAAUGGGGAAAAAGAGCACGGAUGAUUCCCAGUCCCUGUAUGGGUCUGACAGAGAUGGCCUGAAGGAGCAACUGAGGGGCUACAUGCGCUGGGAAGAAGCUGCACAGAAUUUGCUGGGUCUCCUGGAAGCCUUGGGUGACAGAAGCCCUCAGCCACUUCAGCACCCGCCUCGGGGUGAUCUCCAGCCUGCUUGGGAUCCCGAGGAUGGCAGCUACUUUAAUGAUGCUCAAAAUAGAAAGCUGGUGGACUCUCUGCUCCAGGUUCUCCAGGGGAAGGAAGAAACUGCCAGCUGAAGGGACAAUGACAAGGGCAGCUUCCAAGGAGCAAAACAAAACCCUUCAGAGACUGCAUUCUGCCAACAUCAAUUCUACUGGACCAUCAACAAGAUUUUCUUUUUGCAAUUUACUUUACUAUUCUUGUCUCUUUCAACCGUGACUAAAUUCAUGAUUUUCAAGCAGCAUCUUCCGGUUUGAACUUGUCUCUGUGAGCAACUACCUAGAAAGAGCUUUCCGAUGAAUGCUUUCUCCAGCUAGGCUUUUUGUUGAUUGGAUUCAGGGCUCCAAUCUGCUACAAUUCACAAUAAAAGCUUACUUAAUCA